UGGGUGCCGCCCCGGGCGGAGGGCCCUCCUGGGCCGGGAAAACUGCAAUUCCCGGCAUGCGCUGCCACGGAUGCGCCUGCGUACAGGAGCUACCGCGCCGGAGCGGGUUGGUUUAAAGCGCUGUGUUAGUUCCAUGGAAACCGGCCUGCCUGCUGAGGGAUAGAGCUACCGGUGGACAGAUGGAGUGUGAGGUGCAUAUGGAAACUACAGUGUCCAGACCGGUCCUCUCUCCAACCCACAUCAAUGCUACAGCUUCUGAAACAUUCACGGUACUUCAGGAAAGGAUGAGAAUAGUUGAGGAACAGACCAGUUCUCUGAGGGAUGACCUAAUAAUGUUGGACUUUGGUGAAAAAAGAGGCCAACUGGAGACUCCGAAAUGUUUAGAAGAACCUGUGAGCCAGAAUAGCAUUAGUCCCAUCCAGAACGAAAUGUUUUGUUCAGGAAAACCAGAUAUUCUAUGGAAGAACUGUGAGUUUCUGGUAAAUCGAAUGUGCCGUCUGGAAAGCCUCAUCCAGUCCUUGAAGAUGAACAUCUUUCGUCUGCAAACUGAAAAGGAUUUGAAUCCACAGAAAACAGCUUUUCUGAAGGAUCGACUGAAUGCAAUACAGGAGGAGCAUUCCAAGGACUUGAAGCUGUUGCAUCUUGAAGUGAUGAAUUUGCGCCAGCAACUAAGAGAUGUAAAAGAGGAAGAAGACAAGGCACAAGAAGAAGUGCAAAGGUUGACUGCCACCCUGGAGAUUGCCUCAGAGACAAAGAAGAAUGCAGCCAUUAUUGAAGAGGAAUUGAAGACCACAAAACGCAAAAUGAACCUGAAAAUUCAGGAGCUAAGGAGACAGCUAUCUCAGGAGAAGCACCUGAAGGAAUCUCUUGAGAAAUCUGCAUCAACCAUGCUGUUCAAAAUACAAGAAAUGGAAUCAACAGUGGAGGUGGAACGGAAACAGGUGCAGAUCUUGCAGCAAAACUGCAUUGCCCUACGCAGGUCUAUGCAGACCACACAGGAAUUACUGGUGCAGGAACAACAGAAAAAAGGAGAUUUGGAGACUUCUAUCUCACAGCUCAAGUCUGACCUAAUUUCUAGAGAUGAGCUCAUUUCCAAGUUGGUUGAAGAAAAUACGAAUGUGCAGAGGUCUUUCAACAAGGAACAUGAAGAAAAUGGAUUUUUGAGGUCUGAAAUAGUAUCCCUUCAUGAAACAUCAGAAAAAGCACAGGUUUCGAAUGACCAGCUGACUAGAAAGUGUUCAGAGCUGAACAGCAUGCUUGAGACUGUUAGUAUGGAAAAUGCCAGAAUUAUUGCCAACCAUCAAGCCAUUCUGCAGGUAGGGCAGAAAAUGAUGACACAGACAUUUCAAGAACAAAACUUACUCCUGGAUGCAGCCCAUGCCAAUAUCGCUACUGAGCUACAGACUGUUCAGAAUGAGAAAAUCCAACUCCAAGCACAUCUGGACCAUGUAAUCCUUGAGCAUAAUCAGUGUAUCCAGAAAGCACAGGAUGCUGAGAAGAGGACAGCCUUGCAGAAAGAGCUGCUAGAAACAACUAUUGCAAGAUUGCGAGGUGAAUUGGAAGCAUCCAUCCAAGAGAAGAAGUCUCUGCUAGAGGAGAAAGAAAGAUUUCAGGGAGAGGUGAAUAAAACAGAGAAAGAAACAGCGCAAGAAAAAUGCAAUUUGGAAAAGGAAUUAGCUAAAAACAAGGUAGAUAUAAAUGCAUUAACCCACAACCUGCAGACUCUAGAGGAAAAGAAUAAGCACCUGGCGGAACAAAUGGCUUCCCUAGAACUUCAGCAAGUCACUUCUGAUUACAAUGGGCUUGCCCAACAGCAAGUGGAAAAGGCCUUGGGAAAAAUUACUGAGAGUAAAAAUAAACUGGCCUAUGAAAAGGGAAAACUCCAGAUAAAAGUUAAACAGCUAGAAGAACAACUACAUUCUUUUACUGAAACCAGUUCACAGAAUGACCAUCUACGCAAGUUGAACAAGGCUCUAGAGAGCAAAUAUGCUCAGGUGAAAUCCAUUCUUGAAAAGAAUGAAGAGGAGCUCUCACAAGCCAUGAAGUGUCGGGACGCAGCCCUGAAAGAGAGCCAGAGGUUGAAAGGGGACCUCGAGGCCUUGGAGGACAGAGAGAACAAGAAGGUGGGAAACUUUCAGCGACAACUGGCAGAGGCUAAAGAAGACAACUGCAAGGUUACAAUUAUGUUGGAGAAUGUGCUGGCUUCUCACAGUAAGAUGCAAGGUGCUCUGGAAAAAGUACAAAUAGAGCUUGGGCGGAGGGAUUCAGAGAUUGCAGGCCUCAAGAAAGAAAGGGCUCUAAAUCAACAGAGGGUGCAGAAGCUGGAGGCAGAAGUGGACCAGUGGCAGGCCAGGAUGCUGGUUGUAGAUGCCCAGCACAACAGUGAGAUGGAGCCUCUGCAGAAAGCUCUCGAUGUAGCUAGAGAAGACAACAGGAAACUGGCUUUGAGCCUGGAACAAUCUCUCCAGACAAAUAAUCAUCUACAAACAAAGCUCGAUCAUGUUCAAGAGAAAUUGGAAAACAAUGAACUUGAGCGACAAAAUUUGGAAAGCUUCAGAGAACGAAUGACUGAGGAGUCUAAAAUGGAAGCGGAAAUGCAUGCUGAACGCAUAGAAGCUCUAAGAAAGCAGUUUCAAACUGAGAGAGAAACGGCCAAGAAAGCAGCACAACGGGAAAUGACUGAGCUGAAGAAAGCCCUUGAUGAAGCCAACUUCCGAUCAGUGGAGGUAACCCGGACCAACCGAGAGCUGCGGCAGAAACUGACAGAGCUAGAGAAGAUCCUGAACAGUAGCAAGGAGAAAAUAAAGAAUCAAAAGGCCCAAAUUAAGCUCCACUUGUCGACCAAGGCGAAUAAUACUCAGAAUGUAGAGAGGAUGAAGCAAAUAGAAACAGAAUUGAGGCAAAUGGAGCUAAUUAAGGAUCAAUAUCAGAAAAAAAAUUAUGAACAGUCACUGAGUAUCCAGAGGUUCGUAUCCGAAAUGACUAACCUACAGAAGGAGAUGCAGCUGUUGGCCAAGAGCCAAUAUGAGACGUCAGCACGGAAUAAACAGCAAGAGCUGCGACUCGAGGCAGAGCGGAAAAUAAGGCAGGAACUGGAGAGCCGGUGCCAGGAAUUGGAAGAAACUGUCAGACACCUAAAGAAAUGUAAAGAGGCAACAGAGCAUAAACUGAAGGAAGCCAGUGUGGAAUCAGAACAGAUAACAGCUAACCUGGAAGAAGCUCAUCGCUGGUUUAAGUGCAGGUUUGAUGGCCUCCAACUUGAGCUGACCAAAAACCGGUUGCAGAGGCUUCCCCGAGAAGAUAGGUGGCUGGAAGAGGACCAAGGUAACUGGCACAAUGUUGCAUCCAGCCAGUCUGCUCUACAUCGAUGGGAGAAUAAACAGAAUCUUAAACUUGUGCCCAAGAAGGGUCAUUCUGAACUAGAGAGAAAGUGAUGUCCUUGACAGAGGCGCUUCUUCCUUUAGAGCUACACUGCCAUGAUUUCCUGAGCCUGCUGACCAGGGCUGGCCUUGCCCACAGUCAUCAGAACAUGAAGUCUUUGAUGUGGGCUGAAGAUUUUGGACUUGAGUUUAUCGUUUUAUGAGCUUGGUGAUAUCAGUACAGAACCACCCCAUCUUUUUUGUCCUUUUCCCCAUUUUCCACCCAAUAAAUUUAUAUUAAUUUGUUGUAUGAUAGGUGAUGCUGUUGCAUGGUAUUUGGCUAUUUUUCUAAGUACAUUUUAUCAAAAAGCACUUAGUAAGGUACUAGAUGAUAUGGCAACCAAAUGAUAGACUAGGGCAUUUCAUUGAAACAAAAUAUCCUAACAUCCAGUAGAUAAUCCCUGGAACUGGAAUCACCUGGAAAAUGGUAA